GAGCAGCAGCUGGAGUGGAAGCCAUGUGGUGCUCUCUGGCCCUCAUCCUCAUCUUGGUGACAGUUUCUGGCAUCAUGUGCAACAGGACAGACUUUUGUGUUGGAAGCCCUGGUAUCCCUGGGACUCCUGGAUCCCAUGGUUUGCCUGGUAGAGAUGGGAGAGAUGGUGUGAAAGGAGACCCUGGACCUCCAGGCCCCAUGGGUCCCCCUGGAGUAAUGCCAGGUUUCCCUGGGUGUAAUGGCAUGAAUGGAAUUCCUGGUGCCCCUGGAGAACGUGGAGACAAGGGGGAUCCUGGUGAGAGGGGCCCUCCAGGGCUUCCAGCUUCUCUAGAUGAGGAAAUCCAAACCAUUUUCCAUAAUCUUAAACAUAAAAUCCUGCAGUUGACAGGAGUCCUCAGCUUGCAGGGGUCCAUGCUGGCAGUGGGGGACAAGGUCUUCGCCACUAAUGGCCAGUCGGUGGACUUUAAUGCCAUUAAAGAGACUUGUGCCAGAGCAGGUGGUGAUGUUGCUGCCCCAAGGAAUUCGGAGGAAAACACAGCCAUUUCCAGCAUUGUGAAGAAGUAUAACAUCUACUCUUACCUGGGCCUGACAGAGGGCCACACUCCUGGGGACUUCCACUACUUGGAUGGGAGCCCCUUGAACUACACCAACUGGUACCCAGGGGAACCCAGAGGUCGGGGCAAGGAGAAGUGCGCGGAGAUGUAUUUAGAUGGCACAUGGAAUGACAAGAACUGCCUGCAGUCCCGACUGACCAUCUGUGAGUUCUGAGCAGGCCUUGAGGCCAAAGGCUAGCUCAGCUCCUGUCUGAACUCCCAUUCUCCAUCUUGACAGCUCAUUUGGUUUAUGAGAUGCUAAAAUUCCUUUGCAAACAGAUUUAUUUGUGGCUAUUAGAGCUGGAUGUAUCCUUAGUCUUUUCAUUCCCUAGAUGGGCCCUGAUUGCUCCUUCAUACCCAGAAACCCAUUUCAAAACUCCCUUGGAGCUCCUGGGUAGUACGUGCUCCCCAGGUUCUGUCUUCAGUGUGAGGCAGAGACCUCCUUCUUCCCAUCUCAUCUGGUUCCUUCAUUUACAGACAGUAAUAGUGAGGUCCCAGAAUGGAAGAAGCCUCUGAAAUUACACACAGGAUGUCUUUUUCUGUGUGGUCCCAUCAAGAUGUAGCAGUCCUGGUUAAACGUAAUGGCAGAGUAGAAAGACUUUUGGCAAAUUCCAGUCAUGAAGUCCUAAGGACAUGCACUGUCUGGGGAUGACAUGGUCUCUGGGAAGUUAGGCAGCCAGGCAGUGCCCAGUGCAGUGAUGCUGGAAUGCAACCCUAGUAACUGGCAGGUGUGAUCCACAUCCUUGGGUUCUGGGGUACAAGGUCCUCCUCUUCAGCUGAGCCUGUAGGGAGGGACCCCCUCUACCUCAGACCUGAUCCAAGUAACUUCCUGCUGACGGACACAUCUCUGCCCACUGCAGACAUCAGUGAGGCCCUCACACUUCCAGCCAAAUCAUGGCCUCUGUUCUCGUCUAUCAUUAAUUCAUUCACUCAGCCAUUUCAUUAAAAUCAUCUGAGUGCCAGGCCUUAGGCUGUGCCUCAGCAUGGGUGCCCUGUGAUUUUUGGGAGGCUUUCUUUCUCUGUGCCUGUUUCUGCAUUUUUGAAACGGAGAUCAGAUACUAGUUGCUGUCUAAAUAUUAACAUGAUUCUGACUACCAAAAUGAUGAUAACCACUACCACUACUGCAGAGUCACUGUUCCUUGAACAUUUGCUGUAUGCUAAGCACCUUGGCAAGCACUUUGAGUAUUUCUUAAUAAACAUCAUUUACUGUUCACAA